UGGGUAGCCUACCAGCUUCGUAUACAGAGAACCCUCCCACAAUGAAAUGGUGCUUUGUCCAGCAAUUGAAGAACCAGACAACCCAGUGCCAUUUAAGAACCAGUUCUUUUAAGAGUGUAGGUGGCUGAUUAGUAAUCGUAAGACCUGAAGAUAGAAAGUGUCCCUGAACGUACGUGUGGGUUCUGUGCCAUUUUCCAGAAGCGCUAACUGUUCAGGAUGUCCAGGAUAGCCGCAUAUUAGACGAAGAUCUUGUUUGGCGACGAGGUCCAGUUCUCAAAAGCUUUCAGCAGCUCGCCUUUACUGCCCCCCGGUGGCGAUGACGGUAAUUUCAUAGUAAUGCCGCAGUGGAGAUCCUGCGACACUUUUUCUUUUUUAGAACAUGUCAAGCACAGAGCAUCCCAGAUCUGAUCAAGUUGUGGACGGCGGGACCGAGAUUGCCAUCAGUAUGUGUGAUAUGAGCGGAGGGGACGAGGUGAGUGUGGAGCAGAUGAACGAAGAGAAAUGUCCUCCUUCUCCUCCUCUUUCCACUUCUCCUGGUGCUCAGACGCUGCAGCACAGCCAACAUGAUGGUCACAAUACUCUGGAGUCCCAAGAGGCUGCUGACAUCUUUAUCAAGUUAUUCCGUGCUCAAGAGAGAAAACUGCGCUCCUACCUCCGAGACUUAGAAAAGAUAGCAGAUGAUAUGCUGCUUGAUGACAAAAGCAGCACAAUUGUUAGAGUUGCUGAAAAAUCUAGCACUUGCUUAAAACGAGUUCUUACAAUGGGUGGGUCAGCCAUGGCUGCUGCCACAGGCGGUGCCUGUUCAGUACUCUGCAAAACUGGGACGGUGAUGGACAUCGCUGUUAAACUUAGUGGCCCUGUCUCAGAGACCACCUUUCAGGCUUUGGGAGAGAAGAAAGUGAAAGAAAUAUUAUUGAAAUAUGAGCAAGAGAUUAGUGGGAUUCGAGCAGCUUUCGAAAAAAUGAAGAAUACACAACUCAUGGAAACGUCUGAAGAGAAAGAACACAUCCAGUCAGACCUAACAGCAGUAGUCGACACCGAGAAGCACAAGCAAAUAGCCAAGCACUACGCCAUUAAGGCUCUGAGAAGUCCGACUCUUGUGAAAACUGCCAAAAAGUGCAUUAAAGGGGAUUUUAAACUCACUAAAGAGAAGGGAAAGAAAAACAAAACGGGCACAAACGUGUCAGACAAAGUUGUCAGAACUGUGUCUGGGAUGUGCUCCAUGUACACCAACGAUAAAACCGACAUUGUGCAGAAUGUCCGAGAUAAAGUGAAAGAGCUGAGGGUUGAGCUCGAUUCUUAUAAGGAUCUUCGUGACAACUUAGUCCAGCAGGUAAAGGAGUCUGAGAGUACCCAGCAUGCACCUGAGAGGCCACCAUUGCCUUCGACAAAAGUCACAUCACAGACCUUGGAUUCUGCCCUCUAAUUAGCAAAAGAAAAAGUCGAGUCCCAGCUGAAAUGAAAUGCUGCACAAUAAACAAUAAACAUUGUCUCUCACGUGUUUUCACAUUGCUCUUGUUUCUGUUACAGUGAAGCUUCUAUCUACUACAUAAUAGCACUAAGGUCUGUGUGUCCAAUCCAUCUGAGCAAUCUGAUUGGUCAGUUUGGCUUCAGCGAUGCGACUAAAGAGGAAGUGCGAGUGUGAGAAGGCAUAUUAGGCACUCGGAGACAGUUGCCUUCAAUGAUGACAAAUAUAAAACCAGACAAGAGGUGAGAAAGGUGCCUCAAAAAUAACGACACAGUCUGAGAAGGAUGCUUUAUGGAAACGUGGUCAAGAGUGCCGGUUAAGAGAUGUUCAUACCGAGAAAAGGAGCAAAUACUUUUAAUUAUUUUAUUACUGGUACUGUGGGUAGUUAUUAACCCUUGAUAUACGACUGGCCUGACAUGCGAACAACUUGAUUUACGACCAAAAUUUUUGUUUUGAUUUACGACUAACAUCUUGCGUUACGACCCGAAUGCGGUCACGUGUAUCCGAUUGUCCAAUUGUAAACAAACAGCCGAGAGCGUUCGUAAGCGUCAGUCGGAGCCCAGAUACAUGUGUUUGUGGACGUAAUUUCGGUCAGUGCAGUGAUUUAUCUAUAUAUAUAUAUAUAAUUCACUAAGACCAUGGCAAGCAAGACGCAUAAUUGCUAAGGAAGGAAGAGAAGGUAACAAAGGUAAAGAAAGCGAUCACAAUCGAAACGAAGAAGGAAAUUGUGCGGAAAUAUGAGAGUGGAGUUCGUGUGACCGAUCUCGCUAAUAUGUACAGCAUGUCGAAAUCCAGCAUCUCAACAAUUUUACAAAGAAAAGAUUUGUAUAAGGAGGUUCCUUCAAAACAAUAACCACCUUCCGUUUCAUUCUCCUCCUCCUCCCUUCCUGCAGC